UUUGGCAUAGUUUCCUUUUGUCCCAUGCUCCUAACCAUAGUAUAGUACUUUGCAAUUGCAACACCACCAUUUAUGCAUCCCACUCUGAUAAACUAGUCUCUCAUUUUUCCUUUUCUUCUUGCAAAACCAACCAAACAGUUCAACACAUUCAUGGAACCCAACUUGGGUUAUUCCAAGAUGCUCUUUUUACUCCUUUGUUCCACUUCAUUAUUUUUCCUCUCACACUUGGCUUAUGCAGCAACUCCCAAGCUCAACUCUCAAGAGGUGAAGGCAUUGAAAGAGAUAGGGAUGAAGAUUGGGAAGAAGGAUUGGGACUUUGGGGUGGAUCCUUGCACUGGAAAAGGGAAUUGGAAUGUGUCUGAUGUGAGGAAAGGCUUUGAGAGUUCUGUGACUUGUGAUUGUUCCUUCAAUCAGAAUUCUUCUUGCCAUGUUGUAAGCAUAUCCCUGAAGGCUCAGAAUCUGACUGGUACUCUCUCACCAGAGUUUUCCAAGCUUCGUUAUCUCAAACAGUUGGACCUUAGUCGUAACAUCAUCACUGGUUCAAUACCACUACAAUGGUCUACCAUGAGCUUGAUUGAGCUCUCUUUGAUGGGAAACAGAUUAUCAGGGCCAUUCCCCAAAGUUCUCACCAAUAUUACAACCCUCAAAAACUUGAGUAUUGAAGGAAAUCAAUUUUCAGGCCUCAUUCCAACGGCGGUUGAGAAGUUGAACAAUUUAGAAAAACUCAUUCUGUCAUCCAAUGCAUUCACAGGAGCAUUACCACCUGCGCUUUCCAAGUUGACUAACUUGACUGAUUUGAGAAUAAGCGACAAUAAUUUCUUUGGGAAGAUACCUGAUUUUAUUAGUAAUUGGACAUUGAUUGAAAAACUGCAUAUGCACGGUUGCUCUCUUGAGGGGCCCAUACCUUCUAGCAUUUCUGCUUUGACAAGAUUAAGUGAUUUGAGGAUAACUGACCUAAAAGGUAGUAAAGGCUCUACUUUCCCACCACUAAAUAAUAUGAAAUCCAUGAAAACACUGAUAUUGAGAAAAUGCAUGAUUAAAGGAAAAAUCCCAGAUUACAUUGGGAGAAUGGAUAAACUGAAAAUUUUAGAUUUGAGUUACAAUGGCUUGAGUGGAGAGAUACCCAAAUCUUUUGCCGAACUGGACAAAGUAGAUUUCAUGUAUCUUACUGGGAACAAGUUAUCAGGGAUUAUACCUGGCUGGGUCCUUGGAAAUAAUAAGAAUAUUGAUAUCUCUGACAAUAACUUCGCCUGGGAUAGCUCAAGUCCAACUGAAUGUCAACGAGGGAGCAUAAACCUUGUUGAGAGCUACUCUUCAUCCGUGGAUACACAAAAUAAGAUUCAUUCAUGCUUAAAAAGAAACUUUCCAUGCCCUGCUUCAGUAAGCCAAUAUCAGUACUCCCUGAACAUCAACUGUGGUGGUAACGAAGCAAAUAUUAGCGGUCAUAUUUAUGAAGCUGAUGGAGAACGAAAAGGCGCUGCAAUGUUAUAUUACACUAGCCAGGAUUGGGCUCUAAGUAGCACUGGAAACUUCAUGGACAAUGAUAUUGACUCUGAUCCCUAUAUUGUGGUCAAUACUUCUAGACUUAAUGUCUCUAGAGUCAAUUCACAGCUAUACACAACAGCUCGGGUGUCUCCCCUUGCUCUCACAUACUAUGGCCUCUGCCUGAUAAAUGGAAAUUACACCGUUAAUCUUCACUUUGCGGAGAUUAUUUUCAUCAAUGAUAAGUCAUUUAACAGUCUUGGGAGGCGAGUAUUUGAUGUCUAUAUCCAGGGGAAUUUAGUGCUGAAAGACUUUGAUAUCCAAAGACAAGCUGGCGGUACUGGCAAGCCAAUUGUGAAGACAUUUAAUGCAACUGUCACCCAACAUACUUUGAAGAUCCACUUCUACUGGGCUGGAAAAGGAACCACUGGCAUACCCACAAGAGGAGUUUAUGGACCUCUAGUAUCUGCUAUUUCAGUAAACCCUAAUUUUAAACCUCCAUCAGGGGAUGGCAACAGAACUUAUGUCAUACUGGCAGUUAGCAUAGUUGCUGGUGUUGUAGUUGUUGUUCUUCUUGUGCUGGGUGUCUUGAGGAGAAUGGGAUGGUUAGGAGGCAAAGACCCAGUGUACAAAGAGCUUAGAGGUAUAGAUUUGCAGACGGGAUUAUUUACGCUAAGACAAAUCAAAGCAGCAACCAAAAACUUUGAUGCGGAAAAUAAAAUUGGCGAAGGUGGCUUUGGUUGUGUUUACAAGGGCCUACUAUCAGAUGGUACCAUAAUAGCAGUAAAGCAGCUCUCUUCAAAAUCUAAACAAGGAAAUCGUGAGUUUGUGAAUGAGAUGGGAUUGAUAUCUGGACUUCAGCAUCCGAAUCUUGUUAAGCUUUAUGGAUGUUGUGUGGAGGGGAACCAGCUUAUACUGAUAUAUGAGUAUAUGGAAAAUAAUUGUCUAUCUCGCCUUCUUUUCGGGAAGGAUCCAGACAGUAGGAAAAAACUAGAUUGGCCAACCAGGAAGAAAAUUUGCCUUGGUAUAGCUAAAGCUAUGGCUUAUCUCCAUGAAGAGUCCAGAAUAAAAAUCAUACAUAGGGAUAUAAAGGCAAGUAAUGUCUUGCUCGACAAGGAUUUUAACGCUAAAGUUUCAGAUUUUGGCUUGGCAAAACUUAUUGAAGAUGACAAAACCCAUAUUAGCACUCGAGUUGCAGGAACAAUUGGUUAUAUGGCUCCUGAAUAUGCAAUGCGUGGCUAUCUAACUAACAAGGCAGAUGUUUAUAGCUUUGGGGUGGUUGCACUAGAAACUGUCAGCGGAAAGAGCAACACAAAUUACAGGCCUAACGAGGAUUUUGUUUACCUUCUUGAUUGGGCCUAUGUUUUGCAAGAGAGAGGAAGUCUUUUGGAGCUGGUUGAUCCAGAUUUGGGUUCAGAAUAUUCAACUGAGGAGGCCAUGGCGGUGCUAAAUGUGGCUCUCUUGUGUACUAAUGCAUCUCCUACACUUAGACCAACUAUGUCCCAAGUUGUGAGCAUGCUUGAAGGUUGGACUGAUAUUCAGGACCUACUAUCUGACCCAGGAUAUUCAGCUGCAAGUUCCAGUUCCAAAUUGAAGAGUAUAAGAAAUCACUUCUGGCAGAAUCCAAGCGGAACACAUAGCAUGUCAAUACCUAGUAUAUAUACUGAUUCCUCUGGCUCACAUGCUGAAACAGAAAAAAGCUAUCGUCUUGUAACCGUUAAUUCAGAUGGAUCAGACAACUAAAGCUAAUAACUAUGUAAAGAGUUUUAUCUUGUGGCCCGUUCCCAAGAAAUUUGGGGUGCCAUAUUCGUGCUAUAUCAUAUAUUUAUUCCCAUCA